AUGUUGGGGGUGUGGGAUUUUGGUGAAGGAACUAGCGAACCUAAGAAAUCUUCUCUGAAAUCGUAUUGGGAUCCUGCCAUACUCAAGUAUACUCCGCAACGAAGCGCAGUAGAGUACCUUAAGGGAUUGACCGUUAGUGAAGGAAUUAGCAGUUCGCAUAAUAAAUCCUUUGGUUCCAAAAACUUUUCAACCACUAUAUGA